AUGGGCAUAUUUGAUGAUGAUUCGUGUAUACCCGAUCGAUGGCUUCAGGAUAACAAUCUCGCUAUCCAGUGCAACCACGCUGAAGUUGCAGCAGAUCGCUUGUCUGUUUCUAUCCCAUGGAAGAGCUCUGCGAGACCACGGUAUAAUUUCAAGGACGUAUGGGCCAGAGAUCGCAAGGUGUUGACUCGUUUGAGGCAUGACCCUGUGAAAUAUGAAGCAUAUUUAAGUGCUGUACAUGAACUAUUGAAAUCAGGUGUUGUUGUUGAAAAACCUCCUGAUCAGUCUCCGCACGACUUCGCUAAGUUCUAUACAGCUGUGGUUCCAGUGUUUAACCUCAACCGGACAAGCACCAAAUGCCGACUCUGUUUGGAUGCCAGACCACUUAAUACUUAUACUACUACCACUGGUGAUGGCACGGGCAGUACGUCUAUGGACUUAUUUGGCACGCUUAUGUUGUGGAGAAGCUUUGAGAGAGCAUCAUGUGACGAUCUUUCUAAGGCGUUCUGGCAAGUCCUGGUUCGCGGAGGAAAGGUCGACGACAAGGACACCGAUUACCUCGCACUGGUAGUGGCUGGUCAUUUGGUUAAGUUUUCUCGAGUACCGUUUGGAACUAAUUGGUCGCCAUGGGCAUUGGGCAGCAGCUUGGAGAAAAUUUUCUCCUCCCUGCCUGCAAAGAUACGAGAUGGUGUUGGUUAUUAUGUCGAUGACGUGCUUAUAGGAGCAUCUUCUAUCUCUCAGGUUGAAGCUUCCCGCAUCUCUGUUGUACAAGCUCUUAAACGAAGAGGCUUUGACAUCAACGAGAAGAAACGUUUCCAUAAUCUGGAAACAGCACGUUCUUCUAUUGGCCAAGAUGUUACUGUCAGUGAUGUUACUGGUAUGGAUGGUUUACAAAUGGCCUCGUGGCUCGGCUAUCGAUGGUUUAUUGGUCCCAACUGUGAUAAUGUGGACAUUAAACUACCAAACUUUCGUCUGCCUAGGGAAGUCCGAAUGUCGUCCCUACGAUCCAUUACAGCAAGGCUUUUCGACCCUUUGGGUCUGGUGGCGGAGGCCAGUUGGAGAUAA